AUGGAGAUAGAUCCUUCCAAAAUUCAUAUUAUCAGGCACAUUACCUCCCCUAACGCGUCUUUGAUAUUUGAAGUAGAACUGGACGGCCAAAAGUAUGCAUUGAAGCUUUUCCACGAUAAUGCCGACCAUAAGCUGAACCCAAGAGCAAUCUUGUUAGAGUAUCUCCCAGAUACAGAAAGCUUAAACUGUGUGAACUAUUCAGAAACACUCUAUCCCCAGGGCAUUACGGGCAUGAAGGAGAUACACAAAGCAGGGGUCCACCACCGGGAUAUCUACCCCAGAAAUCUUCUCCUUAUCCACGGAAACCCCGAUAGGCUGGUGUGGAUUGAUUUUGAUGUUUCAACAACUUUCACCAGACUUGGUCUUGAACAGGUGACUCAGUCUGACUACGAAAUUUUGCUCGUGAAGGGAGAGAUGACCAAGCCGAAGGUCUCCCACCGAAUACAAAAGGUUUAUUGA